CCUCGCUGCAAAAACUUCAAUAUGGCGUGAAGAUGUGGAUUGCGGAAAAAGCAGUGUAUCAGUUGCAAAAAAGAAACACUUUCCAUGAGGGGUUUUCAAGAGUUAAUUGCUGUUUUAGAUUUUGGUGAGGUAAAGGACACGGACAGCCUAUUGGGGUGACCUGGCGAGAUUCGUAAUGCGCAAAAUUCACUCAGCGUCAUGUUCCCUCCUUUUGUUGCUCAUCGUGGGUUCGAUGGGCCCCACCUGGCAAGAGAAAGUUAAAGACAAAGGAAGUUAUAGUGUUCCUUUGAGGCGAACGAAACGAGAUCUACGAGAUAGCCGAGGGAAUCCAACUGAAAAUUUGAAAGGACGGCCUGGGCAAGGAUAUUACAUAUCGACGGAUCUUGGGAGCCCUCCUCUGAGAAUAAAUGUCCUUGUUGAUACUGGAAGUAGUAAUUUUGCAGUCGCAGCAUCUCCACAUCCAUAUCUCCCCUUCUACUUUCGUACUGACAAGUCAACUUCAUAUCAAGAUCAAAACAGACGUGUAGCAGUUCCAUAUACACAGGGAAACUGGGAAGGAGAGCUAGGAUCUGAUUUGCUACGGUUUGUUGAAGGACCAAAUGCUACUGUUCGUGUCAAUGUUGCAGCCAUUCAGUCUUCAGAGAAUUUUUAUAUCAAUGGUUCUAUGUGGGAAGGAAUCCUGGGACUUGGCUAUGCAAGAUUAUCAAAGCCCGACUCAAGUGUACUGCCAGUGUUUGAUCAGUUUGUUAAUGCUGGAGUUGUCAAGGAUUCUUUCUCGAUGCAGUUGUGUGGCAGUAGUGAAAUUGACCUUUCUUCUGAGCCUACUGUUGCUGGAACAAUGGUUUUUGGGGAAGUUGAUAAUGAGUUGUAUGAGGGUGAUCUUCUCUUCACUCCAGUGGUAAAGAAAUGGUACUAUGAAGUUGUCAUAACUGACAUAGCAGUUGGUGGGGAAAGUUUGGCCCUGGAUUGUAAAAAGUACAAUUAUGACAAGACAAUAGUGGACAGUGGAACAACAAACUUAAGAGUUUCAGAAGAAGUCUUUGAUGCUAUUCUUGAUAGACUCAAGAAAUUUGACAAGCUGGGUGUACCAGAUGAGUUUUGGAUUGGUCGACAGAUGAUGUGUUGGAAUUAUGACAAGACUCCUUGGGAGGAGUUUCCAGAUAUGUCCAUUUCACUUCUUUCCACCAUUAGUAAUUCCAAGGAAUUCAGGCUCAAGAUACCUCCCCAGCUUUAUCUAAGAGAGACAAUCGAACGUGGUCCUCUUCCUGGACAACACUGUUAUAAGUUUGCUAUAACUAAAGCUGACAAAGGAACAGUGAUAGGUGCAGUAAUCAUGGAGGGAUUUUAUGUUGUCUUUGAUAGAGAAAAUGUCCAGGUUGGCUUUGCAGCUACAACUUGUGGAGCUGAGGGUCGUCUUAAUCCUAGUUCUGAAGUAUCUGGACCCUUCAGUAGAGAUGCAGUGGACUGCGAGUACAUAGAGACAGAAAGUUCUGAUACUGCACUUCUCACAGUGGCUUAUGUUAUGGCAGGGGUGUGUGGAUUGUGUCUGCUGCCAAUUUUUGUUCUCUUGGCUCAAGCUAGUUGUAAGAGAAAAAAACAGCACGAGCGACUUCCACAAAGUGAGACUGCACAUGAAGCAAGUGACACCGCAAACCUUAGAGAUGAUUUCUGAUAUAAUUUUGCAAUGAUGUUUCAGUGAUGACAGUACAUCAAUGAAAUUACUCCACCAUAUACAUGAAUGGGUUUAAGGACUGGUAAGACUUGCAUCAGUGGUUACUGGAGUACAUACCAUCCUGGUUUCCAGGAAAUAUUUAGUUUGAGAACAAUUUCUUAACCUAAAAUGCUGCUUGGUAAACAAUGUUUUCCAAUAUUGAAGGUGCUAUUGGCUGAUCAUUACAAGCCACUUUGGUCAUGCUAUACAUGGCAAUGUAUAUGUAUGUACAUACAUGGUAGUUUUAUCAAAUUAGAAUCAAUAAAAUGAAUUAUUCAUAAAAAGGGCAAUGAACAUAAGAUUUAUGAAUAGGUAGAAAUUUACACUUUGUGAUUUUAGAAUAUUUUAACCCUUUAACUCCCAAAAGUGAUUAACAUGUUAUUUCUCCCUAGAAUAUCUAAACAUUAUCUAGCAAACAGGUCAUGAGAAUAUUCAAACUUAGCAGUUAGAAGUUAUCUUGAUCUAACACCAAAUGCUCCUAACUUAUUUACAAGGAAAUGUGUGGUGGCUAGAGGGGAGAAUUGACUAUCAGAUUGCAGGAGUUAAAGGGUUAAGGUCAAAAAUAUGAAGUACAACAGCUGCCACUAACUGAUUUCAACCACAAAUGUAGUGAAGAAUUACUUACUUUGGGUUGCAUUGUUGUAUGUAGUGAUGUGAGUUAAGUGUCACAUAUUAUAAUCUCAGUGCUUACAAACUUACUAUCUAGUGUUACAUAACACAGCUGAUUAUAAUUAUUUUAUUACUGCCAGCAUAUUUCAUUUCCACCAACCAAAAUUUUUUUGACAGUAAAAGUUUUUCAAACAAAAAGGGAAUUCUUAGUCAGUUUCAAAAGACUUGAGGUUCUAAGUUUCCCUUAAGGGUUAGAGUUUCCCAAUCAAGAACUGUUAGUUAUAUAUAAAAAAAGGAAUGUUGAAGGGUUAUAUUAAGUACUUAUUUAGUUGGAUUAGGUACUAAUGAUUGAAUACAUGAUCUCAUUAAUGUUUGUCCUAGUUCAUAAAUUCAAUAGAAAUGCUCAAUAAUAGUAGUUUAGAAGAUAUUGAUGAUGUUGAUGUCACAUGUUCGGAAAAAUCAAUAGAACAUCACCAUAUAUGUAGAGAGAGCAAGUCAUUUUUUAUUUGAAAUGCUAUUUUUUAAUAAAAAUUUUAUAAUAAAAUACA